GGUCUACCUUCAAUGUUGAUUUUCUUUUUAAGAUCUGGAAUAGACGAAUAGAAUCCAACCGGUCUUCUGCUAGAUAAUGUACUUCAUGAAUCCAAUAAAAAUGGACGAUUCGUCAACUGGGACAUGAAGAUUUAUUAGUACCAACUAGAUCGUCAAACAAACAGAAAAGAGGAAUCUAUUGAAGUAUAAAAAUAAAAAUCCAAACAAAAAACUUCCGUUAUACUAUUAUCUAUUCACAGAAUGGUGUCAUUAUCAAGGCUAGUGCUGGUUGGUCUGGGAAUUACCAUUGCUGUUCAAACUUCAGAUGGAUGGAAAAAUAAAAAAGUUGGUCAAGUCAACUGGAGAUCAAAACGAGAAGCAACUGUUUCUUAUCAUAUUAACCUUCUACUGUACAUAGAUUCUGAAAUAUAUUCCAGAUUUUAUAGCCGAACCACUGGUAACACUGUUACAGAAAGAGCAAACCAAACUGAAACAGAUAUUAAACAGUAUUAUAUUUUAUAUGCCAAAUCCAUGAACUCUAUAUAUUCCGGUAUAAACUCAUCUCGACUAGAAAUAAAGAUUUCACUGGUAGACAUCCUUAUAUCGAAGGAAUCUGAAAGAUGGAUCAUUGUCAGACCAGACGGAAAGAUAGUCACUGGUAGAAUACUGGACUCUUUUUACACACAAUUGAAAAACUACAAGUAUGGACAUGCUAUGUUGAUAACUGGACGCGAAAUAAUCAGCAGCAGGGACGAAAUGGUCGCAGGUCGAGCAGAAUUUUACUCAAUUUGUCAAGCGAAUAAAAAGAGUGUAUCAGUGGUUGUAGAUCGAGGAAGAUUUGAGAGUGUCAGAACAGCCUGUCACGAGUUGGCACACAGUUUGGGAGUAAAUCAUGAUGCCACAGAACCAGGAUGCCUGGGAAGUGACCAAUAUAUAAUGGCUGGAAAUUCAACCAAUGUUAAUAUCAGUAAUAAGUUCAAUCCAUGGCGAUUUUCUAGCUGUUCUGUUAAGAGUUUGGUUGAAAAAAUGGAAUAUAUUACAACUCUCAGUGCUCAAGAACAGCAAUGUCUAACACGAAAAGAGUUUUCAAAUAUUGACCAGACAUUAUUUGAGAAUCUUGAACCGGGUCAAGUGUACGCUCCUGAUCAACAAUGUCAAAUGAUACGUGGGUCGAAUUCAUACUUUUACAGAGAUGGAACCCAAGGUGAUAAUGUAUGUACGAAUAUGAAAUGUGUAAUUGGUAACAAUUAUACAGAAUACACUGCGGCUGAGGGAACAUCGUGUGGCUCUAAGAAGUGGUGUCAUUUGGGACGCUGUGUAUCAUCAGAACAAGUGCCAGAAAAGUGUGUGUUUGGUGACAUGCCUACACACUUUAGACUCAAUGUAACCAUCAAAAAAGGGAGUACUGAAAUUCAAAUGCAAAUGACUUGCCCAGAGAUAGCUCAGUCAUUGCCUUCUCUCUGCUACUUACCGAACAUUGUCACUAGGUGCUGUUCUUCUUGUGAUAAAAUAGCAACUUCUAUUACGGGUUGUCAAUAUGGAGAUAAGAUUUCGAAAUGUUCAAAAUCACAUUGUGAUGAAGUUUACUCUAAUGGUAAUGUUGGAGCUAGUUUUUGUUGUGGAACGUGUAAUCUGACAUCACCAUUUGUUUGUCGCGAUCGGGAUGCCGAGUGUAGUUCAGAUGUUUCUGGUGGAGCAGAUAGAUGUUACGACGCGAAAUUUGCCUACCGAUGUUGUAAGACUUGUGAAAGAGCUCGUAAUCUCAAAAGAGCAGGCUGUGAGUAUGGAGAUAAGGAUAGACAGUGUGGUGAUAAGAAUUGUGAUAAUAACUAUUAUAAAGAACAGUGUUGUGAAUCGUGUUACCAGGAUGUGACGUCAUUUGGACACAGACCAAUAGUGGCUCUUUCAGAUUGGAUUCUGCUGGUGAUGUCAUUUGUGUUCCAUUUAAGAAAUAUUGAAUAUUAG